AUGUUAUUAUUACUUAAACCCCGCGUUAGUUUCGCUAAGAAUCGCCGGCCGCGAGAGCUCCAAAACCCUUCUACGUUCCAAUUCUAGAGCGCAAAAACCCCUAGCAGCGAGCGCCCUUUCCUCUCUCUCUCUCUCUCUCUCUCUCUCUCAGGGGAAGCAAUGGCGCAAGCAAAACCUCUUCAAUGGGUUCAAUCCAUCGAGUCGUUCGUCGACUCAUCUAGCUCUCCAGCCCAGCAGGAUGCAAGUUUGGACGCCAUUGCUUCUCUCUUGAAGAAUGAUAAAUUAACCAUAGAAGCAUUGGUGAGGGAAAUGGAGAUGUAUUUGACCACUACAGACAACAUCAUUCGUGCUAGAGGCAUUCUUCUUCUUGCGGAAUUGCUUGCACGCCUUGCAUCAAAGCCUCUAGAUAAUGCUACUUUACAUAGCUUGAUUGGAUUCUUCACAGAAAGGCUGGCAGAUUGGAAGGCCUUACAUGGAGCCCUUGUUGGUUGCGUGGCACUGAUGGGGAGGAAAAGUAAUGUUGGCAUGGCCACUGUUAGUGACGCAAGAGCGGUUGCUGAGUCAUAUUUACAGAACCUACAAGUGCAAUCGUUAGGACAGCAUGACAGGAAGCUGUGCUUUGAGCUUCUAGAAUGCCUGUUGGACCGCUAUCCUGAUGCUGUUGCUUCCCUGGGUGAUGACCUUGUGUAUGGAAUCUGUGAAGCCAUCGAUGGAGAGAAGGAUCCACAGUGCUUACUUCUCACAUUUCAUAUUGUUGAGCUUUUGGCACGGCUAUUUCCAGAUCCAGCUGGUCCACUAGCAAGUUUUUCUGGAGAUCUUUUUGACAUUUUGGGAUGUUACUUUCCUAUCCAUUUUACACAUCCUCAAGGUGAAGAUCUUGAUUUGAAAAAAGAUGACCUUUCAAGGGCCUUAAUGCAAGCCUUCUCUUCCACGCCUAUUUUUGAGCCAUUUGCCAUUCCAUUGCUGCUUGAAAAACUUUCUUCUUCUUUGCCACUGGCAAAGGUUGAAUCUUUGAAGUAUCUCAGCAGUUGUACAUUGAAGUAUGGUGCAGAAAGAAUGGCGAAACAUGCUGAAGCCAUUUGGGCUUCAUUAAAGAAUGCAGUUUAUAGCUCAAUACAGGAUCCUGUUUUUUCCUUUAAUUCAGAAUCACAUGAUGGCAUGGGUUUUUGGGAUAAUGAAAUUGUAACUGAAGCUCUCAUGCUUCUCCAAAAAGUUAUGAAGCAAAAACAUAAUUUGUUCUUAACUUUGGUUGUCAGUGACAAAGACAUGAACAUGUUCAUUAAUUCCAUGACUAGUUUUAAAAGUUUCCGUGAUAUUCCAUUGCAAAGCAAGCAGCAGUUAUAUGCAGUUGGUCGCAUCCUGUCUGUUUCUGCCAAAGCUUCCAUUGCUUCCUGUGGUGGUGUUUUUGGUAGUUUCUUCCCUCGCUUGAUGGACUGUCUGGGGUUUUCUAUGAAAAAUUCAUCUGGAGACUGUUCGUCAAAUGGCAAUUGUAUGGUUGCUGAAAGACUUAAUGUUGGGGCCCUUUAUCUCUGUGUUGAACUCCUUUCUGCAUGCAGAGAUUUGAUCUUGGAUUGUGAUCUAGCUCCAGAAUCUUUCUCUGGACAUGAUGAAUGGCACUCUAUGCUUCACAGCUUUUCCAGUUCAUUAUCUGAAGCCUUUUGUUCUUCUUUGGUAAGAAGUGUAAAUGAUGAGGAUCAUGACUUUGAUUUUUAUGUUAGAGUAAGGGGUUUGCAGAUUAUGGCUUCAUUCCCUGGAGGUUUUUUGCCCAUAUCAAAGUCCAUAUUCGAAAAUAUUUUGAUGAUUUUGAUAUCAAUUAUCACUGUGGAUAACAACAGCACAUUGCUAUGGAAAUUGGCUUUGAAGGCAGUAGUCCAAACUGGCUCAUUUAUUGAUAAAUAUAAUGAGUCAGACAAGGCGUUAAGCUAUAUGAGUAUUGUUGUUGAGAAGAUUGUUUCUUUAAUUACUGUUGAUGAUUUUAUCCUUCCUUUUCACCUUAAAUUAGAAGCGCUUUCUGAAGUUGGUACAAGUGGGUUGAAAUUCAUUCCGAGAGUUAUUGAAGGGUUGGAAGAAGCUAUAUCUGCCAAUUUUUCUGUGGUUUAUGUCAAUGGAAAUUUGAUGCCUGUUGGAAUCACAAUUCAGCUUUUGGAGUGUUACUCCAAUAAAAUGCUUCCAUAUUUGCACAAAAUUGGUGGAUUUGAGGAAAGCCUGCUACGCUUUGCUGUUAAUAUUUGGAAUCAGAUUGAAAAUAGCAUGCCUUCUGGUGCUAGUGUACAGGCAAAGGAACUUCUUGAUGCAAUGAUGACGGCAAUGAAACUUGCUGUUGGGAGUUGCUCAGAGAAAAGUCAGACCAACAUCAUCGAAAAAGCUUAUAGUGUGGUUUCAUCAAGUUCUUUCCUAUUGAAGGAAUCCAUGAUGGUUGCAGCCACCAAUCCUGUUGAGAUGAUUGCUCAAGAUUUAGACAGUUUUUCAUGUAGAGAUGAAUGGCUUACUUCAUUGUUUGCAUCAGUAAUUAUAGCACUUCGUCCUGAAACCAACAUUUUAAAUUUAAGAGCAAUAUUGAAUUUAUUCAUGUCAGCACUCCUCAGGGGUCAUGUUCCAGCAGCUCAGGCAUUGGGUUCUGUACUCAACAAAUUGCCCAUAAAAGUGAACGGAGCAUAUAUUCAGGGCGAUGGUUCUUUGGAAGAAGCAUUGGAUAUAAUCUUCAGCACAAGGUUUUGGAAUUUCCUUGAGAAUAUUUCUUUAAGGAGAUGUACUGUCAUUGAUGAGCAUAGUGACAUUACCAAGUGCACUAUUGUAAAUGGUAAAUUUCUUGAAAUUCACGCCAUUGCUGGACUAGCAUGGAUGGGUAAAGGUUUGCUUAUGCGGGGUCAUCAAAAGGUCAAAGAUAUAACUAUGAUUUUGAUGGGGUGCCUGCUGUCAAAUGGUGAAGAGGGUGCCUUGCCACUGAAGCAGGGUUCAUUGGAUGACAGUUGUGAGCAUGAUUUGCCAUAUUCUAUGAUGAAAUCUGCAUCAGAUGCAUUUCAUAUUCUUAUGAGUGACUCUGAAGUUUGUUUGAACAGAAAAUUUCAUGCAACUACACGGCCCCUCUAUAAGCAACGAUUUUUCUCUACUAUGAUGCCUGUUCUCCUAUCUUCAAUAGUGAAAUCUGAUUCAUCAAUCACAAGAUUGAUGCUGUAUCGGGCUUUUGGGCAUGUUGUUUCUGAUGCUCCGCUCACUGCUAUCUUGGCUGAAGCCAAUAAGAUUGUUCCCGUUCUACUGGAUAGCUUAACCAAGUUGAGCAAGGAUUUUCUUAACAAGGAUCUGAUUUAUAGUCUCUUGCUAGUCUUGUCGGGUGUAUUGACAGAUAAAAAUGGGAAAGAAGCUGUUAUAGAGAAUGCACACAUCAUCAUUAAUUGCCUUUCUGGGCUUGUUUCCUACCCUUGCAUGAUGCUUGUUCGUGAAACAGCAAUUCAAUGUCUCAUUGCUAUGGCUGAUUUGCCCCACAGGAGGAUUUAUCCAAUGAGGCCACAGGUGCUGUGGGUUAUAUCAAAGGCUCUUGAUGAUCCUAAGAGGGCUGUUCGUCAAGAAGCUGUUAGAUGUCGGCAUGCAUGGGCAUCAACUGCAUGAUGAGAUCUUCGUCUCUAGAUCUUAGAAGAUUUCUUCCAAGUCUCUAAGCAGGUGGGGAUAAAAGAUGAUGGACGGCUUUCAAGCCCUCAAUGAUACCUAGACCUGACUGAAAUAUCUUCAACCUGCCUUCUGCAAGUCAAGCUGGAACCUUAAAAGCAUCUCACCAAGCAACAAUAGGUUUAAGCAUUAUCUAUGUGGUUGAAGAGUAGGGGGUUUAAAAUAGUUGAAACAAAAAAAGAAAUGGAGGAAAUGGGUGCAGGGAUGAUUUAUUUAUUUUCCAAUCUAGGGAAUUCAAGAGGCAGAACUCAGUUUAGUGCCUCGGGUGAUAAUGUAUCAAGUGUCUGGUCCGUGAAAUUCCAACAAUAUGACUCGAGGUUAUAGAAAAUAUGCUUGUAUGGUCAUGGAAUUCUUGUUUAUAUUGCACAGGAAAUUUUUGAAGGAAGAAGUUGCAUCUUCAAACCUUACCAUA